AGGAAGCUUUCUGGAAGCAGUUGGAACGUUUUCGUGUAGAAGAACCGGCAUCCGGACUGACCGUGUCUGUGCGUGGCGUGAACGGGUUUUACAUCUCUGUAUAUCUCUAUGUAACGUGUGUUUUUUUCCAGAAAUUUCCGCUAUGUUCAGUUUGAGUGGACUUUCCGUGGCUCUUGUGUUCGCUCUCGUGCCGAGCAGCAGCGAGGCUUUAAAAGACGGAGACUGCGAAGUAUGUUUAAACUUCCUGGGAAAGUUCUACCAAUCACUAAAAGACAACGAUGUACAGUUUACCAGUGACGCCAUUGAAAAAUCUCUGGUCAAAGCCUGCAAGGACGCGAAAGGAAAGGAAAAUCGAUUCUGCUACUAUAUUGGAGCCACAAGUGACGCGGCUACAAAAAUCAUCAACGAGGUCUCUAAGCCGCUUAGUUACCACGUGCCAGUGGAGAAGGUUUGCGAAAAACUGAAGAAAAAAGACAGUCAGAUCUGUGAACUGAAGUACGAUAAACAAGUAGACUUGAGCACAGUGGACCUGAAAAAGCUGAAAGUGAAGGACCUAAAGAAGAUCCUGGACGAAUGGGGAGAGUCUUGUAAGGGAUGCGCCGAGAAAUCAGACUUCAUCCGUAAAAUCACCGAGCUCAUGCCCAAGUAUGCCCCGAACGCCGCCAAGGCACGGACUGACCUGUAAACGACACUCUGUGGACUUGUGGGACCAAAAGGAGCGCUCAAGAGCAUCGCGGGUGCAGUUUUCUUUUGCGCCGUGCCUCCUGAUGGGGAGUGUGGUAUUGUUUGUCAUAUUGCCUGUUAAUCUAGUGGAAACAUCAGGACUUGUGACCUUUCAUUCAUGAAUUAUUUCAAGGGCACAUUGUACUGUAAAUACAACUGUUUCAACUCAAAGUUUAUAUCAUGGCAAUUAUCUCGAAUAACAUUAAUUUGCUUGUAGUGUCAGUAAACUGCUAAAUACUUGCUUUAAAUACAUUUGUUUUAACUGGUUGCUCAUUGACAUGUGAUCACAUGUCUGUUUAACAAUCGAAUCAGGAACAAUAGCAAAAAAAAAGAUCAGGAGCAGAAUGGUUCAACAGAAGCAUAAAAGGAGCAAACAUACUUGCUUCAGGUUUACAGCCCUAAUAGUUCACUAACUACAUGCAAUGCAAUCAACAUACAAAUCUUCAGCUAAACUUUGAGUUAAAACAUUAUCAAAACCUAAAUAGACAUGACGGGGACAACCGCAGACCACUUUUCACCCUGUAGUUCACCUGUAGUUUCUUUUCAAAUUGAUUAUUUUUAUUUUUUUUGACUAUUGUAUGGAAGAUAUGGAUGUGGGAGAAAUCAUGUUGACGUCACUGUAAAACGUUUAUUAAGGUUGUACUAUACUUUUUCAUUAAAAUAAGAAAACUGCUCUGA